GCCUAAUAGUCCGUCUGGUCACAUUGUGUUCAGCGCCAGAGGGAGGUCUCUUCUAGAUUCUAACAGGUUCAUCGACCUCUCGGAUAUCCAGUGACUGAUGCGGUGACGAUGGAUAGUACCACAGGCAGAUGCUCCUGCGUCGUGCAUGGCGGCCGAGAUCCUAUUUCACUGAAACUUAGUGUCAUUAGAACAAGACAGCGAAAAUUCGGUAUGCAAUGCGUUUUGAUAGGCUUGCCUGACCGAGGGCUGAGACAAUUUCUCAGUUGCCAAUUGGAGGAGACGCUAGGAGCACCUCCCGGUAACGUUCAUGGAGAAACGACAGCGUACCAAGGCAUGAUCAGAGUCGAUGCAGGUAUUCCAGUACGAGCGACAAUCCAGGAUGGAACCACGCCACCUGUAACCUAUGGCGUAUGUGGUCAAUUUGAGUCCAUCGCUGGCCAGCUACAGGAGGACGCCA